GUGAGUCUUGCGAUAAAAUUGUAGAUAUGACUAUCAAUGAAGCACAGUAGUGAAAAGUAGAGCUUUGAUUUCCUAUUUGUUCGAUUGGUUCGUUGUUUACCUUUACUUCGAUAUCUAUUUCCUUUGACAAAGGAGCACAAAUUGUGCUGCUUUUGCUCAUUCGUGUUCGUCUCAGUGCGGAGUGUCGAAGAGUGCACGAGAAGAAGGGGCCGCAAGAACGUGCCACAGAGAGCAAUUUUGGUCGCGCGGAUCCACGAGGGCAGCGCAGCCGAGGAAUGUUGAAAAGGUGGAAAAGGAGAGUGUCGAGCGUGUCCAUUUUUCAUCUCUUGCACAGUGAUUCCGCCAAACAAAAAAAAAAGUGUGUACGCUAGGCGUGCAGGGUGGAAGCGAGCCCGUUUGUUCGUAUCGGCCGAGCGCCGUCCGCCCGCGCGGCUGUGGCUCAGCUGGUGGCUAGAAAAGGCGGCAAGCCACUCGGCGCCCGCUUCGCCCCCCGUCGGGUGGGCCUGCUUGGGCUCGGCUACGCAGGCAUCUGGGGGCAGGGGGCGGCGGGCGUUCCCGCCAAUGCCCCCAUGGCCUGCACAAUGCACUUCCGCGGACUUAGAAUUCGCCGCGCCGGACAAACACUGCCGGAGCCGAGCCGACGAGGAAGAUCAGAGCCGGAGGGGCGCCCGAUCAAUCUAGUUGCGUGCGGCCAGUUGGGCACUGGCAAGCGGGGCAGGGUCGCCGCCCCGCCCGCGGGCCGGCACGCCCACCCGCUUGGCAGGCCGUGGCGCCUGGCAUUCGGACCCCGGCGAUCCAUGUGCCUGCCUGCCCGGCCCGGGCGGCCGCCAGUCGCGGCCGAGCGAGCGCGGCUGGAACGAAGGGGGGCCGGUGACGCCGGGCGCCCCCCCGCGGGAGCGCAGGGAGGCCGCCCGCAUUGUCUGCAUUGGCCUCGGUCGGAGAUUGGAUGGCUGCCUGGCCUGGUGCGUGGUUGUGUGCCUAUCUUCCUUCAUAGGAAGUUCGGAGUGACUGAGAGGGCGGCGUCCUCGACAGGGGCAGCUAGCCCACUCUGA